AUGUGUCUCUUUCCAACUGGAAGAACCUCCCAGGAUACGCCCCUUUGUCUUUUUUACGGCGGCCAACUGGUCUGGCUGGGCAUAUCGCCAUCUGGACGGACGCAGAUCCAGCCUGUGACUCCAUACGCUAUGGCCAGCGCUGUCAAUAAUACGAGAAAAUGGAGGAUGCCAAAGAGUGGAAAGUCAAAUAUCAACUGUGAGCUGCUUAUUUUUGGGUCGAAUCUAAGACAUCAAUCGUGUUUUCCAAAGGGACGCCAACUGCUGUCUGCUGAGAGCCUGCUGGAUAUAAAAGACUGGCUGCCCUGCUGUUGA